AUGGCGUCGAUUGAUGAUAUUGCUCAGAUGAAGACAGCUACUUUGACGAUCAUGGCAACUCGUGCACAAGAUCAAGAGCUGGUUGCUCAGUCUGCGUCGCGAUAUCCUCCAGUCCAAGGCUCUGGUGACCCAAAGCUAAGAGUUCUUCCCUGCUUCGGAUGGCAUCCCUGGUUUUCUCAUCAGAUUAUCAAUGAUGCCAACACAGAAAUAUGCAACGACACCAUUGUCUCCAAAGAACAUCAUUACAAGCAUGUUUUGACUCCCCCAGUCAAGGAUGAAAACCUGCUGCGUGCUCUUCCGCAACCAUUUCCCUUGUCGCAAUUGAUCUCUGAAACGAAAGCUCGGCUGGAGAUGCAUCCUCACGCCCUUGUCGGAGAGAUCGGCCUAGACCGUUCAUUUCGCAUCCCAAAUGCUGGGUUUCCUCACGAGAUUGACAAAGGCAGAGACACCAGCCUCACACCAGGCACGCGGGAAGGAAGAACAUUGUCUCCUCAUCGCGUCACCUUAACCCAUCAGAAGGCAAUUCUCAGAGCCCAAUUGCAGCUCGCGGGGGAAAUGCAACGGCCUGUCUCUGUUCAUAGCGUCCAAGCACAUGGUGCUAUUUUCGACCUACUCCAGGAGCUAUGGUCCGGCCAUGAGAAGAAACACGUCUCUAAUCGACAACGCAGGAGAAGGCCAACUGUAGACAAAGCCAACGACCUUAGCGAUCAUGAACAGGCUGAAGAUAAAAAUAGACCGUCAAGCCCUGUGUCAUAUCCUUUUCCACCACGGAUAUGCAUGCAUUCGUACUCUGGGCCUCCAGACGCGCUGAACCAAUUCCUCCGGAAAUCCAACCCAGCUGAUAUAUAUUUUUCAUUCUCUAACGUCAUUAAUUUUGCAAAUGAUUCUUCGAAAAAGGUCGCCGAAGUGAUCAGCGCCCUUCCUGAUGAUAGAAUUCUGGUCGAGAGCGAUCUUCACUGCGCUGGAGAGAGAAUGGAUGACUUGAUGGAAGCCAUUGUGCGUCGGCUUUUCACCAUGUCUCAAGGAAACUGA